AUGCUUGCUGUACUUCUCCUAUGUCUACAUCUCUUUGCUCUGGCGGCGAAUACAGUGCCUGCUGCCUUUCUAUCCGGUACUGCCACGACACCGCUCUCACCGGGCGCUACCGAUACUCCGAAUGUCAGUCUCAACAGCUCGUCGCCCCUAAGCGCCAAUGUAUCCUCAAACGACAAUCUAGCUACUAAGCUAGGCGAUAUUGGAAUGCUUUGCAGCAAACCCAAUCCAGCUCGUGUCCUUAAUCAUCGCGACUUCUACCUCAACUCCAUGAGUAUAAUUCAUCAGCUCGCGCUCAAAGACUCAGGCGGACCGGGCAAUCGCCCCACGGAGCCUGCAAGAGUCAUAAGUUUGGUUGGUGCGGACCACGUCGUGAUUCGGAUUGGUGGGGGACCAGAAGGCACACAGCGGCUUAGGCGCGACCAUUACCUGAAAAUUACCUCCGAGAUGAUGGAUACGGAGAGUCGGGUGUACGGGAUGUCGGAGGUUUACUGCACCAUGCGAGACCAGGUCUUUGGGUCCAUCAUUGCGAGAUACGAAGUCACACCCAGAGAUCCAACAGAGGCCCUGCCUUCAUUUGAUGCGAACGUCGAGUAUGUGACUGAAAAUCCCUUCACCAUCACCACUGAAGCCGAUGGAGCGACUGACGGGAACGUGCUUCCUAACCCAUUCGUGAUCUCAAACUGGGCAGAUGACUCGGAGAUCGGACCUGCAGCUUUCUACGUGCCUAUUGCAGCAGCUAUGUUCACGCUUUCGAUGCAACCUAAAAGUAUGGUGGAAGCAGAGUGUUCCCUGACUCUGGCACAGUAUCCGACAAAUGGCGAAAUAAGAAGUGUGAGAGCGCCGUAUGGGCCCACCAGACGAGCGAUGGAUGUGAGGGAAAUGAUUGAGGCACUGUUCUAUCUGGUGCAUCAGGCUGUCAAUAGGGUUGACACACAGGGGAAAAAAUAUGUGUGUAUUGUUGAGUCGACGUCGCAGGGAAAAAAGAUAGGAGCGCUGACAAUUCAGAAACGGAGGGUUGGCGGACAAGUCUUGAAUGCAGGCGAGGUAGAUGUGUCAUAA